GAAUCACCUGUGAUAGAAAUGCAGAACAAAUAGUUCAAGCAGUAAUAACUACUGAAAGUAAUAUAAUACAAACAUUUAUGAUAUAUAUAUCAACUCAACAAUCUUACUCAGGAUUAUCAAUAAAUGAUAAACUCCAAUACGAUGGAAAAUUUAACUGGAAAAUAACCAGAAUAAUAGAAGAGAUAAAGCGCGCAAGACAAAUAGGAAGUAAAACAUAUGUAUUACACAUAGGUGUAUCAAAUACAG